UCGGAGUACUAAACCUUUUGCUUUGCACCACAAAGGAGUUUCAUUAUAGCUAGCUAUAUAUAUUUAUCCUUAAGUAUUUCUAAGCGAAAAAGAAUGGGAAUAAAUGCUCAAGUUCUGCUUACCUUUGGCACCAUCAUAUGUUUUGCUUCAACUUCAUAUACUUACGAUGGGACUGCCAGUUUCUACAAGCCUCCUUACGUUCCCUCUUCAUGUAAUGGAUAUAGAGAUGAUGGUAUUUUUUUAGCCGGAGCAAGUGAUGCUGUGUGGAAAAAUGGGGCAGCAUGUGGGAAAGUUUACGUGGUGUACUGUACUGGUGCCACAAACCAAGCACCGCACCCUUGUACGGAUACCGGUACCGCUGUUGUGGUCAGAAUUGUUGAUUAUUGUCCAAAAGGAUGCCGCGGAACCAUUAAUCUUUCAGAAGUUGCUUUCUCUAUGAUUGCUGAUCUCAGUGCUGGAGUAAUUAAGGUUAACUAUACAGAGUGGAAGAAUUAAGAAGGUCUAGUAAGGGCAAGUUAUGAUGAUACUGAAAUCACGAUGGCGAUCAUUUUCUUGCCUUUGAGCCAAGAAGCUUAAUUCGGCUAAUAUUCAGCAUUUUUUUCUUUCUUUUCUGCGUCCUACAACUUCUACUGGUUGUACUGUUUAUGUUUAUUGUAAUGAUAUUUUAUCCUGCUAAGAAAAAGAAAAAAAAAAUGUUUUUGAA